GUAAGGUAACAUACCGACAUUCGUAUCUGCGAGUAUUGCGUUUUAUGGAUAAAUCUAAAGAUUCUGCGUUAAUAUUUCUUUAUUAAUGCGCCAGUUAACACGAGAUUGAAUUCAGAAAUUCAUGCUCAGAUUCCGUUUAUGGACGUAAAGAUUUUAAUAAUUACAUCUACAAAUUGUUUAUUUCGUGUGUGGGUGAGAAAUAUAUUCUGACAAUUUAAGAGGAAAACAGAAUAAUGAAAUCUGGGAGAGGACGCUGAAAAAUGUACUUGGGCCUAAGGUACAACAGAAAAAACAGAAAGUAGGAUAAAUUGUCUUCCUGUGAAUCUUUAUUUAUCAACUUAUAUUUCUGUUAAAUAUCAUUAACCAGACCAAACAUUGGUGACUGAACAUAUACGAUGCCUUUAACUAAUAGGAGAGAGAAGAGCGCACACAAUUCUAGUCGGAGAGAAUAUUUGAAAGAUGUAGGCGUAGAGGGGUGUAUUAUUAAAAUGUAUCUUAAAGAUGUUUUCCUUGGUUUUUGUCCCUGAGAAUUUGAACAAGUUCUGAGCUUUAUAAACAACAUUUUGAUGUAUCUAACUUGUUAAAAUCCAUUCAUAAUUAGGCAAAUUAGAGUAUACUCCAAGGUAACAAAUAAUUAUCAACCAAUAAUUAAAUAUUUCUGUUAACAGGUGUUUUUCCAGGUUUUGCAGAAAAAUGAUCACACCGAAGAAAAAACAGACUGAAGACUCUGAAAAAAGGGAAAAAAUGAAGAAUGAUAAAGAAUUUUCUGCGAACAAAGUACGCAUCAUGACUUUGGAUUUCCUUCUUCGUGUAUCUGGCCUUGUUCCGCCCAACAAUGCAACACCAUUCUUAAGAUUUUUGAACAAAGUAUUUCUAACAGUGGUUUUUACAUUAUUUAUAUUAGCGUUGUUAGGGCAGAUGAUGGCAGUUUAUGUCAACUGGGGAAAUAUUCCUGUGAUUUCGACAGAUAUGAGUUACAUGAGUGGUUUACUUCUAACAGUCUCCAGCUGCGUAUAUUUCCUACACAACAAAUAUAAAUUCAUGAGGCUUAUAGAUUUGUUGAGAAAUGAAUUUGUGGAAAAUAUGAACUCUAAGUAUAUCAAAUUUAUUCACAUCGCUGAACGUCAAAUUCAACUCUCUGUUACACUCACAGCCCCUGUUGCUGUAUCUUUAGGUACUAUUUCUAUCGUAGUGCCAUUCCUGAAUGACAGCAAAAUUUCAAAUUUCAACAAUAACACUGUAAAUUCAAAUGGGAAUAAUUUGGAUAGACUGAUGUUCGUGAUGUGGUUUCCAUUCUCAAUUGAAGGGUCGCCUCAGUUUGAGAUAAUUCUGGUCUUGCAAAUGGCUGUUAUAUUUUUUUCGAUAUUAAUGCUGGCUGCUGUUGAUGUAAUAUUUUUGUCUCUGAUGAGUCAUGCAGCUGCUCAAUUCAAGGUUUUAUGUGCAAUGCUGAAUGACAUGCAUGAGAAUGUCUCUGAAGCUGAGUUGAACAGAACGAAGCACACGUCCCAGUUGCAAGAUAUUGCAGACUUCAAUCUUAUGAAGGCCCUCGUGACUUCAGCAGAUGAUAUCACGUGUCACGAAUCAGGGAGGGGAAAUUGUGGAAGCCCCAGCUUCGAGACGCGCCCAGAAGACCGUCACGUGAACAGAAAUGCAUUCCGACUGUACCUUGUUAAAUGCGUCAAAUAUCACCAAGCUGUAAUUGAGUUUGUCAAUAGCCUCAACGAGAUUGUAAGUUUAAUCACAUCCGUGAAGAUAGUAAACUUCCCACCUAUCCUGUGUAUGACAGGAUUUGAAAUGACACAGAGUUUUGACAACUACGAACAGUUCUUGCAGUUCGCCACUUUGUUUGCCAUAUCUUUAUUAUUAAUUGCGGCUUAUUGCUGGUUUGGCCAACAAGUAAUUGACGAGAGUGAGAAGGUACAGCUGGCGUUCUAUAGCACCGACUGGUACAACCAGACACCGGAAUACAGAAGUCUGCUGCCUCUGGCCAUCAUGAGGGCCUCAAGACCGCUGAAAGUGAAGGCUGGAGUUUUCUUUGACAUGUCUUUCCUAACUCUGGCUUCGUUGGUGAAUGUUUCUUAUAGAUAUUUCACGAUGCUCAUUCAACUGCACGACUCCUAAAAAGAAGGUGGGCGGAGUACAAUGAAGAAGCUGAUCAUAGCAAUUCCAAUGUGACCGUAUGAGUAGCAAUAGAAUAGGAAACAUCGUAAUUAUGUAUUCAAUUUGAUGUGUUCGUACAGAAAUAUGUGGAGUGCAUUUUCAGUAGAAAUUUCUGUUGUUCAUAUUAGAUGCUUAUAUUUAAAAUAGCUAGACUCACUUUUGUCAGCUUCAGAACAGAAUGCCUGAUGGAGAGGCUUUGUAGAAGGAAUAAUAUACCUCCACAAAAUGACCCGUCUUGAUAUUCUCGCCCACAUACGCAUGAAGUACUAUUGCAACAUCUGAGACAUCUCAAAAUAAAUAGAAAACGAAUUAUAUUACUCUUUACUAUAGUACAGACUUUAGAUUUUUUAGAAGUUGCUUAAAGCAACUUCUGAGAUUUUUUUCACUUAUAUCCGGAGAUACUUUUAGAAUACAAAUUUUCUAAUAAUAAAUAUUUAAUGGUUUAGUGAAACGAUGUUAAUGGUCUUUUGAAGGCGCACGAAAAUAAAAGAAUAAACAGAACGGAAAUGCGAGAUUAAGAGCACAAAUAUUGUGUUAGAAAGAGAAUAAGAUUAUAAAAUAAGAGGAAGAAGGCGAGAAGGAAAUAAAGUAGAAUUAUAAGAUGAGGUAAAAUGGGUCAGACGUGGUGAAAUGUUCCAAUAAUUCACAUAAUUAUUGUAAUACUAACUAUGUGGAUAGUAAUAGGAUUCAAUAUUUUAUCCAGCAAUUCUCUGUGUAUGCACGUAAAAUUUUGUUGAUAAGAAGUACUUUAAGAGCCACGCAAUAAAUAUAAGCCAUUAGCAGAAGUGUAUAAGUUACACUCCGUGUUAGUGUUCCUUUACGUCAUAGCUGUAAUGUUGUACACUGAACAGGAUGACUUAGUUGACAAUGCCAGUAAUUAAAAUGUGUGUAUGGCACGAGGCCUGCUCUCUGAUUGGAGAGCACUUGCAAUAAAUCACAGUUCAAUUUAGGGGGACACUUUCUAUUAAUAGAAUCAGUUCUGUGCAACUGUAGCACACAUUUUUCUAUGGAGAGGAAACCAUG